AAUGACUAGCCACGUGCCUAGCAUGUUGUGUUUAUAUAUCCCGUCUUUGGCUGGCGUGUAAAAUUACGUUACAAACUCACAAUGGCGAAAGCAGCAGAGCAGAAACAAAACUCGACCGUUGUGAUUGAAGAAACGAAGCUUGAUAUCCGCGACGUGGUCAACACAACCACCACUUACGGCGAGGAUAACGGUCACGGAGGCGGGAGACGUAAUGACGUGGCAAUGGUUGUGCUAAGAGCCAUGUGCAUGGCCGUAUCCGCUGUGGCUGUCUCGUUGAUGGUGACAGCCCGUGAGACUAGCAUGACCACUCUCUACGGUUUCGAGUUUCAGCUCCACGCCGUUUGGUCUCUCUCAGAUUCUCUUAUAUAUCUAGUGGUGGUUUCAUCGGCGACGGUUCUUUACUCGUUGAUCCAACUAAUUAUAAGUGGAACAAGACUAAUGAGAAAAUUCCCGGUGAUUCCGACAAGAACACAAGCAUGGUUUUGCUUCGUUGCAGAUCAGAUAAUAGGAUACGCAAUGGUGAGUGGUGGAUCAGCUGCUUUAGGAGUGACGAAUAUGAACAGAACAGGAAUCAGGCACAUGCCUCUUCCAAAUUUCUGCAAAUCUCUUGGUUUCUUCUGUGACCAUCUCGCUGUCUCCGUCGUUUUUGCUUUGAUCGCGUUUCUCCUUCUCGCCGCUUCUUCUUUUCUCGACGUUCUCAGUCUCUCACGCGACCGCUAAAACAAUAAUUACUGUUUUACCCUCUCGUACUCUUUUUGUUUCCGAUGUCGUCUGAUGUUUUUCAUCAUUACAAUAAUCAUUUACGUUAUGGAUGGUUUUUGGAAUUGUUUGUUUCAAUCGAUGUUUUCGAAUUCCAAAGUUUUGAAUUUUGUUGA